GUGUUCAAACAUGUUCAAACGAAAGAGAUCGCUUCACAAAAUGGUUGAUCACCGCAGGUUUCUUUCUUUCUUCCCUGCAUGCUUGCUUUGCUGGGCUCUCAGAUUGAUGCUUUGGUUCACAGACAGAGAGCCAGACUGUUGAUUUGUUGCGUGGAGUGGCACCCCAGGCCACAUAGGGUGAUGCGGUAGUCUAGGCCCUUCUGUGUUCGGGGUUUCUAAUCCUUAGAUUGAUGGGACCCCCAGGAACAUGAUGGUUGGUCAUGUGCUUGCAUGAUUUAUGUCCAGCUUUGCUGAUGAUUGUGUGGUUCCUACUGUAUUGGUUAGGACCACUUGGUUUUUGACAGGUGUUGCUGUUGUUUCCCCCACCCACUCGCACCUUUUUUAUGUGCAAGGGCCAGAGUAGAAAUCUGGUGUUGUUCCAUCCAUUGCGAGUCACAAAAGAAAGGGGUUCGGUGUGAGCAGGGUGAUGCCGGUUUGGGCUUAACUAAGGGUUACCUUUGGUUGGGAUCCCUUUGUUGGCAUUGAUGUGGUUGCUCGUUUCAAAAUAGGCUUUAGCCAUCAGUGCUCCGUUGCAUUGCCGAGAGCUGUGGCACAUGGUAUUGUGUUUGAUUCGGUUUGUUUUCCUUGUGAGCCGCCGACGGUAGAAUCACGAUUGCAAUACCCAAUCAGUAGAUGACUUUCUUUACUAGCGAAUAUUUGAUCGAGUUGAUGUUGGAAGAAGCAGUCCGGUACUCGUACCUGCAAAGCAAAAUGCUGAGAGAUGCCGAGAGCAAGUUUCUACAAGUCCUUCUUUGGCAAGUGCCCCUUGUGACACUCAGGCCAAGUUCCUGCUGAGGCUUGACAUGAAGUUGAAUUCAUGCAUUUGUCCAGACCAAUAUUGAAGAAGCGUUUGCAAGGUCACUGAUUGCAUAUUGUACUUACCGAUGCUGUCCAAAUUGCCAAAGGAAAUAAAUUUGGGGUUGUAGUACACGUCGAGCAACAAAACUCACCAAGUUCCGAUAUAUUUUAAGUACAAUCCUUGUUAACAAUUGUCAACAUUUGUCAACAUUGUCGAACAGUUCUUGCAGCUGGCGUAGUUCUCAUGCGUUUGCGGGCUGCAGCAAGCAUCGACAAGCUGCACUUGUGCAAGGCAACGGCAGCAGUGGAUUUUCUUUGGCCGAUUCAUGUCAGCAAAGUUCCACUCUCCACACAAGCUGCUGAUUCCCUUGAACCAGCAGCAUUUGGAGAGGAGUUGGCCAGAGUCGCUCUGGAGGGCUUUGAGGAGUAUGUCAACAAAACCCUUCCGAUGGAGAUGGAGUUUGACAAGCAAUUCGCCGAUGAGUUUCAUGCAGCAGACCACUCUAGAGUGAAUCUGGCUUUUCGUCGGUGGCAAAAAAGAGUCUUUGCAGAGCAGAAUCGAGAUAUUUAUCCGGCCAAUGGCGCCCUGGAUAUCCUCGAAAGUGGUCCCAACCCAGACUUCAUUGCCGGGAUCACCAAAGGUGCUGCACCUUUGAAGGAGAUUAACUAUACGUGGCCAGGGCUCUAUGAGAACUCUUCGUUCCGAAAGCUACGUCAACACAUCAACACCUUGGCAAAGCUUUACUUGAAGAGGAGUGGUCAUCCUACCAGCGAAUUGCCAAAGACGUUCCGAGUAUUCAUUUGGGUUGAAGUAUUUCGCAAGGGAGACUCCCUUCGACCCUUAGCUCACACAGAUGGAGGAUUCCUGAUGGGAAGGUAUUGGCCUCAACUGAAGAAGAACGCCUUGAAAUUUAAUUUUGAGGAUCCCCGGGGUAUCAAUCCGCCUUUCGGCAAGACUCACACACACAACGUGGAAGAGGGCAGCUUGACUAUGUUCCCAAGCUGGGCAUCGCAUUUCAUCACUCCGAAUAUGAAGUCGAGAACAGCCGUUUCUUAUGUCUUCAUUGUCUAUCCUGAAGGUGGCAAUGUUCUGGACUUCGAGGAUGAUCGAACCGGAAAUAUUCAAGUAUCUGAAACCCUAAAGUUAAAAAAAAUAUGUCAAAUGAUUUAA